GAGAUUUGUAGUGAAUGAAAAUAUACAUAUAACACAUUAAUGUAUUUUACUGGUCACGGCACAUGCCUUCUUGCUUCGGUAGAAGUCACUUUUCAGAAACAGAGACUUUUGAGGCCCCGGAACGAAUUCCCGGGUUUCGAGAGGCGGAAGAGUAGCGCUCUAGGUCAGAAGGCGUAGGUCAAGGGGCCGAAUUGGCGGGAGAAUGAGUUUGUGGUCCACGAUCUGAGGCUGCGGUGGCUCUUCGAGGUUCAUUGUCCCUGGAGUAAUAUGAGGAUUCUUUCUCUUCUGGGAACUGAUGGGACCAAAAUGUGGACAGUGCUGAAGUGGUGACCAAAGAAAUCUCAGGAGAAAAGAUUUUUGCCUUGUACUCAGGACAACUGCUGGGCCUACCAUGGCUCCUGUGAAGAUCAGCCACGUGGUGUCGUUUUCCUCUCAGGAUCCCAAGUAUCCUGUGGAGAACUUGCUGAACCCAGAUAGACAGAGGGGACCUUGGCUCAGCUGCCCUCAGGACAAGAGUGGGCAACUAAAAUUAGAACUACAGCUGGAGAGGGCAGUGCCCAUUGGCUACAUCGAUGUGGGUAACUGUGGCUGUGCUUUUCUACAGAUUGAUGUGGGCCGUUCUUCCUGGUCCCUGGACAGACCUUUUGUCACCCUGCUCCCUGCAACUAUGCUAAUGUCCCUGGCUGAUUCAAAGCAGGGGAAAAACCGCUCAGGGGUCCGCAUGUUUAAAGAAGAUGAUUUCCUGGCUCCAGCCUUAAGUGAGUCAUGGGAUCGACUUCGCCUGACUUGCUCCCAACCCUUUACACGUCAUCAGUCCUUUGGCCUGGCCUUCCUACGCGUGUGUUCCUCUCUGGACUCCUUAGAUGACCCCAUGGUGGAUCCCUCAGCCCCUGUGAGCUCUGGGCUGAGCCAGGGCUCUUCUAAUGCUUCGGAGUCUGAUCCCAGCCCCUGGAUGGCUAAUCCUUCCAUCCGGAGGACAUUCUUCCCAGAUCCCCAGACGAGCACCAAAGAAAUUUCAAAGCUUAAGACUAUCCUAAAGCAGCUUCAGCCAGGGACUUUGGGGCGUUCAGCUCACAUGGUGCUUUCAGCUGCCCGCAGGGCACCUCCAGGCAUUGUGGCAAGCCCAAAAAACAACCCUGAAGAACCAGGUCCCAGUCAUCCAGACAGUGCAGAGCCCAGACCUGAGGAUCGAAACUCAGAGAAUGAUGUGGGCAAGACAAAGAGACAGAAAGUUCAAGCCCGCAGGCCUUUAUCCAACUCGAACUCUCAGCGAAACAGGAGGGGGAGAGCAAAGGCAGGGCAGAGAGAACACCACCAACCCCAGACCCAAACAGGCCGUGUCCAGGAUAGUGCAGAGUGCCCCAUUUGUGCAGGCUCCUUCAACAUUGAGAUUCUUCCCCAGCACGCUGCCACUUGUGGAGAGACCUCCCCACCUCACCUAGCCUCUCCCUCUUCAUCAUCACCUUCAUCGCCAUCUGUUGUGUGGGUGUCCUCCUCAGAGAGCUCAUCACCCAUUUCCUGGGUCCAGUGCCCCAUCUGCCAGUGGCAGUUCUCAGCAGGAGAAGUAGAAGAACAUGCCAGCGUGUGUGGGGAGGUCCCUCAGAUGUGAGCCCUGAGGUCCUGUGGUUUGGCCCCCUUGCUCUCUGUGACUAAAACUGGGGAUAUCUUGACAGCUAAGCAGAGCUGAUGAGGCCAAACGCUCUCUCUGCCUUCUUCUACUCACUCCCUCAGGACUCUGCCUGAUGGCACCUCUGGGCCCAGCCUGCUCCCCACUCCCAGUUGUCAAGGCUUCUGUGACCAUGACACCUUAUUUUCCCAAGGACAGCUUCAUCCUUUCCCUUUUGGAACUCGGGUAGAACUGGUGGUCUCUAGGGCUUUGGGACAGUCCUGAUGUCUUCCCCUAGUGAGUCACGGUAUGCAUCCUUGUGCCCAUUUUCCUGACAAGAAAACUGAGGCCCUGUGAAAAGAAGCACUGCCUGAUAAAUAAGAUCCUAUGUUGUCCUGGGAAGGUGAUUUUUGAGCAAAGACUGACAUCCAGCAUCCUAUAAACUUAACUCUCCGUGUAUUUUGUGGGUUCUCUUUCUAGAUAUAAUCAGGUAACCGUGUUGCUGUGUGACUUUAAGCAAGUUAUUUAUCUUGGGCCCAGAAUUAACCCUCAGUAACAGAUAAAACUCCUGUCCUGCUCACAGAACCAUCAUAGGGUUCAUAUGGGUUAGUGUCUAAGGAAUGGCUCUAGGCUUGGCUGUGGAACGAUGGGCAAGUCCUCAUCCCCACCUGUAUAGUGAGGCAGUUGGACAAAAGGUCUCUAACGUCCCCUCCAGCUUAAUUCUAUUCCCACCUUUUUUGAACAACUUUGUUCUCUCUCCCCUUUCCCAGAAGAUUUCAUUGUGUGGCACUAACAUCAGUUCCCCUGGUCUCCAGGGUAGAGAGCUGAGGGGGAGCAGCUGGUCCUGGCAAACAGAGGGCCUGAGGCAGGGUUUUAAAUGGACAGGAAGGAGGCAGCUGGACACACGGGAGCAGACAGAGCAGGAGUUCUGUCUGUCUGGAUACAGUGGGAAUCAUCCUCACCUCACAGCAUAGGUGGGUGCAGCCAUGGACCCCC